AUGGCUGCUGUUGCACGUCCUAGAUUUGAUCAAAAUGGAGUUGAAUUGUUCUCGGGAAAAAUAGGGAUCUUUCCUUUUGUGGUCAAGGAGGCAGCCAAGCGGAAUAGCAAAAAUCGAGCUGCAAGAACUUUGGAAACAAAACCUAUUUUAUCUGUGACUAAAGAUAUCACAAGGGAUUGCUUGAUCAAAAAAGUUCUUCCAGCAAUUAGAUCAAAAUGGCCAAUUUCAGAGUCAAAUACUCUCAUUUUCAUCCAACAAGAUAACGCAAGACCUCAUAUUGAUAUAAACGAUAUGGAAUUUAACGAAGCUGCUCGAGAAGGUGGAUUUGAUAUCAGACUUUGCUUUCAACCUCCUAAUAGCCCGGAUUUAAAUGUUUUAGAUCUUGGAUUCUUUAGAGCCAUUCAAUCUCUUCAAUAUCAAAAGGCUCUUUUAACCAUUGAUAAGUUGAUAAAUGCAGUUGAAACAUCUUUUAACGAAAUGAAAUGGGAGCGACUCAAUCACGUGUUUCUAACUUUGCAAGCUUGCAUGAUUGAAGUGAUGAAAGCUAAAGGAGGGAACAACUAUAAAGUGCCACACAUGAUGAAAGAAAGAUUAGAACGAGAAGGAAAUCUUCCGAUUCAACUUUCUUGUGUUAUUGACAUUGUCAAUGAAGCUAAUGCUCUGCUUCAAGUGUGA